GAUCACAUUAUGAGUGAAUUAGAAAACACAUUAAGCCAAAAUGACAACAUCUUUCUCCAUGAAUGCUGGUGAUGGUCUUUAUAGCUACUCCAAAAACUCCCAUUUGCAGAAUGAAAUAAUAGAUGGUGUAAAGGAGAUGGUGAGAGAUGCAAUUAUUCGAAAGCUUGACAUCAAGACCAUAUUAUCUUCUUCAAACACAAUAUAUAUUACAGAGUUAGGAUGUUCUGUUGGACCAAACACUUUUAGCUCAAUGCAACAUAUUGUAGAAGCUCUAAAGGACAAGUACUUAUACCAAGACCAAGUCAUAGAUUCCACCAAGAGUAUUCCUGAAUUCCAAAUAUUCUUCAAUGAUCAAGUCACCAAUGAUUUCAACACCCUUUUUCGUUCACUACCUGUUGAUCGAUCCUACUAUGCAUCUGGAGUUCCAGGUUCUUUCCAUGGUAGAUUAUUUCCAUCACGAUCGAUACAUUUUGCUCAUUGUUCUUGUGCUAUACAUUGGUUAUCUAAGAUUCCAAAAGAGUUGUUAGAUAAAAAUUCCCCAGCUUGGAAUAAGGGAUUGAUUGCCUAUGCUGGUGCAUCAAAUGUUGAAAUAGUGAAUGCUUAUGUUGCUCAAUUUGAAAGGGACAUGGAAAUGUUCUUUAAUGCAAGAGCUGAGGAGAUUGUUCCCGGAGGAAUGAUGGUGCUUUUUACACCAUUUUCAAGCUACCUACGUCUUUUGGGAUUUUUUGGUUCUAGUCUUAUGGAUAUGGUGAAUGAGGUAAUCUCUAUUUUAUUUUGUAUGACGUUAUUUUGCCUUUUGACUUGUUUUGAACAAGUUUCAAGUGUAUUUUAGUAUGUCAUAUACUUU